AUGGAAACACCUAAUGAGGCUGAUCUGUGUUUUCCAACCAUCAACAACUCCUGCAGAAGGACCCCACACCCGGAGCUGGAGUCCACUGUCAUCUAUAUUCUGUUGUCUACCAUCACUGUCCUGACUGUGAUUCUCAACCUGCUGGUCAUCAUCUCCAUCACCCACUUCAGGCAGCUCCACACUUGCACCAAUUUCCUCCUCCUCUCUCUAGCCGUGGCAGACUUUCUUGUUGGAUCACUCCAGAUGCCCUUCCAGAUCUUCUAUUAUGAGGGCUGCUGGCUGCUUGGUGACAUCCUGUGCAUUGUCUAUUUCUUCAGUGGAUACUUGUCGGUUGGUGUCUCGUGUGGAAAUAUGAUUCUUAUAUCGGCCGAUAGGUACAUAGCCAUUUGUGAUCCCUUACUGUACCACUCUAAAGUCACUACCAGACGUGUUCAAGUCUGCAUUUGUCUGUGCUGGAUUUCUGUUAUUGUUCAUGUUAGUUGGAUAAUGAGAGAUUUUGUCAAACAGCCGGGCUCCUUUAAUUCAUGUGUUGGUGAGUGUGUGCUUGUAUUAGUACAUCCAGAAGAAGGAAUUGCCGACAUAUUCAUUUCUUUAGUGGUUCCUUUAACAAUCAUCACAGUGCUGUAUUUGAGAGUGUUUAUUGUUGCGGUCUCUCAGGCCCGUGCCAUGCGAUCUCAAAUCAGCUCUGUAGCUCUGAAUCCUUCAGGGACAAUGGCAAAGAAAUUGGAGCUAAAAGCAGCUAAAGCAUUAGGAGUGCUUGUCAUAGUUUUUAUCAUCUGUUGUAGUCCUUAUUAUGCUUUUGCUCUCUCGGCUGAAAACAAUCAAGUAGACCCCUCUUCUGGAGAUGUAGAGGUGUGGCUCAUUUACUUCAACUCCUGUAUAAACCCUAUCAUCUAUGCAUUCAGCUACCCAUGGUUUAGAAAGUCUAUAAAACAUAUUGUAACACUGCAGAUUUUAGAGCCCGACUCCAGGGAUAGCAGGGUACUUUAA